AUGGGGAAUACGAGCAGCGAGAGGCCCGGACCCCUGAAGGGGCGAAGGGACAGCGGCGGUGGAGCCACCAAAGGGGAAGACAGGGCCAAAAUAUUAAUGGACAGCCCAGAGGACGCUGACAUGUACCCCGCCGAAGAGAGCAAGGCCCCAAUGGAAAAAGAUGAAUUUUUGGCAUGGCAGCAUGAUUUAGAAGUAAAUGACAAAGCUCCAACUCAGGCUCGACCAACAGUUUUUCGGUGGACUGGAGGAGGGAAAGAAAUUUACUUAGCUGGGUCGUUUAACAGCUGGGGAAAAAUCCCUCUAAUAAGAAGCCACAACAACUUUGUAGCAAUAUUGGAUCUUCCAGAAGGGGAGCACCAGUACAAAUUUUUUGUUGAUGGCCAGUGGACUCAUGAUCCUUCUGAGCCAGUAGUAACUAGCCAGCUUGGGACAAUAAACAAUGUCAUUAAUGUGAAGAAAACCGAUUUUGAAGUCUUUGAUGCCUUAAUGGUCGACUCACAGAAAGGUUCUGAUGUGUCAGAGCUUUCUAGCUCACCCCCUGGUCCUUACCUGCAAGAUGCAUAUAAUUGUAAGCUGGAAGAACGUUUCAAAUCUCCCCCUAUCCUCCCACCGCAUCUGCUUCAAGUCAUUCUUAAUAAAGACACAGGCAUUUCAUGUGACCCAGCUUUGCUCCCAGAGCCCAAUCAUGUCAUGCUAAAUCACCUUUAUGCACUGUCCAUCAAGGAUGGUGUGAUGGUGUUAAGUGCUACUCAUCGUUAUAAGAAGAAGUAUGUCACCACACUGCUGUACAAACCCAUAUGA